UUAUAUUAUUAUCAUCAUCGUCGUGUGGCACACGGCAGACACAGUCCACCCGACCGUCGUAUCGCUCGUGUGUUUCGCGCAUCAGUGUAUUUGCUCGCCCGCGAUUUCCGUAUUGAUAUUUUUUUGUGCACUUUUUUCGUCGUCAGAAAAAAAAAAAAAUAACUUAAUCCAAAUCGAACACAGUGCGUCUACUUUAAUCGUUGUGUAUCGUUACACAUAAUCAUAUAGAUCGAAAAAUCGCGUGUACAACACUCCCACAUAUAAGACAUACACAUCUCACCGGUCUAAUAAUAUACGCGUUUCGACCAUGGAUUUCGUCGAGUCCCGCGAAUUCGCCUGACGACCGGCGUUUUAUUUUGUACCACACACACACGCGCGCGCGCGCGCGUUAUUGUACACAUAAUAACAAACUAGACCACAAUUCGUCAGCUCGCCAAAAAAUCGAAAAAUGAUUAAUCAUCGGGUUCCGUUGAAACUAUUACCAACGGUAGUUGUGGCGAUUGUCUUCCUAGUUGAAGGAUUGUGCCUACCAGCCCAUUCGAAAAAUAUAAUAUUAGAAGAUGAAGUGAGUACUGUUCCGGCUGUAGAAGGUGACCGUUUAAACAUAAAAUGCGAUUAUUCAGAAGCCAUUAAGAUCUCUAAGGUGCAAUGGACAAAAGAGUCAGACGAUGAAACUCCGUUUGACUCACCAAGCAUAUUGUCAAAAAAAUUGCAAUGGUUGCGUUUCAAGAAUGUGAAACACUCUGAUCACGGUCGGUAUUCUUGCUUGAUUAGUGGUUUUACCGAGAAUGGAAUGUUUUCUAAAUGGCGAAAUUUCACGUUAAUAACGUAUAAAAGGUCGGAAACUACCGGUAAUGGAAAAUCACUGAAAAUGACAGCGCCUCUGAGUCUUUCACACCGAAAGGACGGAGUCAAACCGAAAUUCAUCAACAGACUUUUCAUGGAUAAUAAUGUCGCGUUAUUAGUAGAUGACAUUUUAACACUGAGUUGCCCCUUUGAGAGUACAUCUGAUGUAGUUUUUUCUUGGUAUAAAAAUGAUUUGUUACUCGUAGAAGGAGGUGCAGACGUUAAUAAUUACACUUUGACUCAAGUAAAAUUGUCAGAUGCGGGAAAUUACACUUGUACAGUGAAAAACGAUUUCGGUUCUAUCCAACACAAAUUUAAUGUGGAUGUUUAUGAGGAUCAAAACAAAUUGCCUCUUUUAGUCGAAUAUCCGCACAAUUUGACUUUAAAACCUGGGGACACGGCACGGUUUUCUUGCAAGACAUUUGAUCAACUUUAUACAAAAGUUGAUUGGUAUUUUCUGAAUGGUACAAAUCCACGAGAUAUAGAGACCGAGGACCUUUUAUUAUUUAAAAAGAUGGCCAACAAUCACAACGUUAAAUUGUUUAAUGGUGUAUUGGUACUCGAAGGUGUCACAGUCGAUGAUGUUGGUUGGUAUGUUUGUUACACAAAUGGAUCAAAAACGCGUGUAAUGACUGGUGCUAAAUUGGAAGUGGACAAAAGUUUGAUUAAUGAUGGAAAUGAUCAAGACUCUGGAAUAGAAGUAGAAGACGGAGAAAUUGUCGAUAAUUCAAGAAAAAUUGGGUUUUUCAAUGCAACAGAAAAUUCCACUCCUCCUAAAUUCACGAAACUUGAUAGCAUGCACAGAGUGAUCGCAAAGCCCGCCGGAAAUAUGUUGAAGUUGAAAUGUGUAGCUGAAGGUAAUCCUUUACCGAACGUAACAUGGUACAAAGACGGUGUUACGCCACCUCAACGUCAACUGGGUAUAGCCAGGUACACACAGUGGGCCAUCAUCCUGGAAGAUCUGGUAACGGCAGAUUCCGGUAAUUACACGUGCAAAGUGAGCAAUGAGAACGGAUGUAUAGAUUUCACUUAUAAGGUCGAAAUAAUAGAACGAUUUCCGCAUAAGCCCUACAUUAAAGAAGGGCAGCCUCAUAACGUCACCACAUUGGUACACACCAACGUAUCGUUUGAAUGCACUCCGCUAGCCGAUCUCGAACCGUACAUGCGAUGGUUUUAUCAUAACGCCAGUGUCGGGAACGUCAACGAAGCAAAUCUCGAAAACGGCACUGUCAUACAGAACGGCGCUCCCAGCGAAGGCAACCCCGAAUUAUUGCAACUGUCUAACGUGACGCAUUUGGACGAAGGAUGGUAUACAUGCGUGGCCGGUAACAGUUUGGGCAUGAGCUACGCCAGUGCCUAUUUAAAAGUUGUUGACGAGUUGGAAGAUCCGAUAAAAAUCAAAGCUUUUCAAUUACAAACGUACCAAUUGGCUGCUCUAGGCAUUAGCUUCGCACUGGUCAUUAUCGUGUGCAUCAUAAUGCUGGUGUGCAGUCAGAGGAAGAGGGAGAAAUUGAAGGAACUGGUGGCGAGAGAAUCAGCUAGAAACGCUAUGAUCACUCAAUGGACCAAGAAAAUAAUUAUCGAAAAACAACAAAUGGCCGAUGCCAGUGAACCAUUGUUGAUGCCCGUAGUGAAAAUCGAAAAACAAAAAAGCAAAUACACAAAAUUAGACCAGGUGUGUAUGUCCGAGUACGAGUUACCUCUCGAUCCUUGUUGGGAAUUUUCGAGAGACAAUCUAUCAUUGGGUAAAACUCUUGGCGAAGGCGCAUUCGGCAAAGUCUUACGUGGCGAAGCCGAUGGAAUUUUGUGCGAAAAUGUAAUGAGCACGGUGGCGGUAAAAAUGUUGAAAGACGGACACACUGAUACUGAAAUGAUGGAUUUAGUAUCGGAAAUGGAAAUGAUGAAGAUGAUCGGUAAACAUGUGAACAUCAUAAACUUAUUGGGAUGUUGUACACAAGACGGACCUUUGUAUGUGUUAGUGGAAUUUGCAUUACACGGCAACCUUAGGGAUUUCUUGAGACAACAUAGGCCAUCUUCAGGCUACGAACCAGCUAUUGGAUCAAACCUCAAAGACACUUUAACGCAAAAGGAUUUAGUUUCGUUUGCAUAUCAAGUUGCCAGAGGAAUGGAGUAUUUGGCAUCGAGGAAGUGUAUUCAUAGAGAUUUAGCAGCAAGAAAUGUCUUGGUAAGCGAAGACUUUGUAAUGAAAAUUGCAGACUUUGGUUUAGCUAGAGACAUUCAGAAUCAAGAAUAUUAUAGGAAAACUACAGAUGGAAGACUUCCGGUAAAAUGGAUGGCGCCAGAAGCUCUAUUCCAUAGAGUGUACACGAAUCAGUCGGACGUAUGGUCUUACGGAGUUCUGUUGUGGGAAAUAAUGACUUUGGGAGGUACGCCUUAUCCUUCCGUGCCCAACAUGGAGCAGUUGUUCAAUCUGCUUCAGAGCGGACAUCGUAUGGAGAAACCGUCUUGCUGUUCUCUGGAAAUAUACAUGAUAAUGCGGGACUGUUGGAGUUACCAUCCGAACGAGAGGCCCAUGUUCGACGAGCUGGUGGAGAGUCUCGAUCAGAUACUGUCGGUGACGGCCAACCAGGAGUACGUGGACUUCGGGCUGCCGCAGCUGGACACGCCGCCCACCAGCCAGGAGUCGUUCGACGAAAACGAUCUGGUCAAUUUCGCCGGAUGAUUUCGCGUCCGAUAAACCCGCACCACGUCGUCGGACGGUUCAUAUUGUAUUAUAUCGUCGUCGGUGUGCGUGCGCUCCUCCCCCACGGGCCCGGUGGACCACAGUUUCCUUUAGCUCGAGACGAGAGCCGCAUCAGUAUUUCCCAUAACUUCUAUGUUAUAUUAUAAUAUGUAUUAUAGUAUAAUACGACGUAUGUUCCGUGGAUGUUCACAUUUUUGCCGUAGUAGACGAUAAUAACGAGUACAUAAUAUUAUAACAUUAUUUAUUUAUUAUUAUUAUUAAUUUAAUACACCGAAUUUAAGUAGGCAUAUAAUAUGAUAUUAUUGUAAAUAAUUUUUGUGUAAAACGAAUUAUUGUGUUAUUGAUUUUAAUUAUUUAAUUGUUUGUAAAAUACUAGUUUUGUUUUAUCGUUAUGUUAUAAUACCGCAUAUGUUUUUUGUUGUGUUUAAACUGGAUAGAAAUUGAAAAAAAAAAUUAGACGGUAUGCAAUGAAAGCGAACGGCGCGCGGCGCGACAAGACUGAAUAUCGUACGGAAUCAAGACUUAAUGAUAAAAAUUUCCGUAUGUUUAAAGAUGCGGGGAUAUAUUAUUGUAAUAAUGAUAUUUCUACAGAUUGGAAAUGUCCAACAAUCGAAUAUCCCUGUUUUUAUCAUAAAAUGUAUAAAUCAUAUUAUAUUGUACACAUUUAUUUUAAUUUAUAUAUAUAUAUAUAUAUAUAACCGUGAUUGUAAUAUUCGUUAAACAAACGUAAAACAUAAUUUUAACUCGAUCAUGAGAGACUUCUAGUCAAGUGUAGGCAUAUACCGCCAAACUGUUGUAUAGUAUAUUAUGAAAUAAUCGCGUAUUUUCUCAACCACUAUGCGUUUAUGAUUCACGAAAUUAAUUUAUCGCAAUAACGGUAAAUAUCGUUGUGACGUUUUUAUUUUCUCAUUUGUUUACUUUUUUAUAUAAAACGAGUGUCCGAUAUGUUUUAAAUUGUCAUUGUACUGUUAUUAUAUUAAAUACCAGUCGAUUUCAAACGUGGUAGCCCGCCUUCAGCAUUAUUUCACAAGUGUUUAAUGCUUAAUCGUAUCUGCCACCAUUCUCAUUUUUAUUUGUAUUUUUCGAUCGAGGUAAUGAAUUAGUAUGGUAUAUUAUCUAUACAAUAUAAUAUUAUGUAAUUAUGGUAAGAUAGAUUAAAUGUAAAUUAUUUUUAUUUUUAAUAUCUUUAAUUAUAUUGUAUAAGUAUUUUUUUAGUUUUAAAGUAAAGGCUACAAUACUACUAUCGUUAAAAUAGUAUUUAUAUACUAAUCAUUUAAC